AUGCCUCCUCCACCACGACCUCGUGCUUUGCGAAAAGAUGCUGUCGCACUGCACUUUAAGACCGCCAAGCCAGUGCUCCUCUCAGACUCACCGACCUCAUCAAGAAGCACUCUUGCGCCCAAUAUUCGCAGCAUAUCAUGGUCCCCUACCGGCGCAUUGAUCGCGAAUACUGUGAGCACCAAUAUUCGACCAGGCGCACAUGCCAAGCCGGUGGAAAAGAUCUCGUUCAAUCCGCGCAUGGAGCAUCUACUUGCCAGCGCAGGGCUGGAUGGAAUGGUCAGGCUAUGGGAUGUGAGAGCACCUGGAGGAGCUACAGGACUGGCUGGCGGAGCUGGUCUUGGCGUAAGAACGAAUAUCACAGGCAAGAGCGGCGAAUACGAUGUACGCGAACAAUGCCUCUUCCUCACAUGGCAUCCGACUGGCUCAGAAUUGUUGGUAGGCACUGGCAAGGACAAGGUCACCUCUUUCGAUCUUCGCAGAGCAGACACUACCAUGCUUGACACCACCACCACUACCACCACGACUGCCAACACAGCUGCAUCCCUCAAAUACGAAAUGCACCCAAGUAUCCUCAUGGAAAAGCCAUACGAGAAGCCUUACUACUACGAGAUGGCAUUCACGAAUAGCGGCAACCAUUUACUUGCUGCUACCGUCGAUGGCUCGGUCAAGGUCUUCUCGUAUCCCUCUAUGAAAACUAUUCACUCUCUUUCAGGUCAUCCAUCCACCACCUACUCCGUCCAGCACUCCCCAGCUGGAAACUACGUUGCUGUUGCUGGCUCAGACUCUGCAAUCACAUUGUGGGACACCAGCUCAUGGCUUUGCGAGCACGUCUUGACUGAAAACGCCAAUGCAGUGCGAUCGCUGUCCUUCUCCAUGGAUGGACAAUAUCUAGUCUGCGGAGGUGGUAUCGAUCAGGACAAGGUUCACGAGAAAGGCCUUCACAUUUGGCACGUCGACACUGGAGAGCUUCUGCACACCGUGGAGACCACUAACGCGCCGACGUUUGUCGAGUGGCACCCGUUCAGGUAUGCGGUCGCCUUUGCAGGUGACCCAGGCGGCGUCAAAAUUGUUGGU